AUGGAGGCGAAAGAUCAACAUGGGAAUUGUUCUUAUGACGAUCAAGUCAACAGCACCACCUCAGUGUUGAGCGAUGGGAGCCCACAAAAUCCCAUGCAGGGGAUUGCGCAAGAAACCCCCAAGGAAAUUCAAUUUUCCGAAAUCGCCCCUCCGGCCGAAGAGCCGCUCGACCUGAGCCUUGGACUCUCUCUUGGCGAUCUCCACAAAGAGAUCGAGGAAAGCCCUCACCCUAAUCCACUCUCAUUGACUGCAACAAAAGCACCCGCUGUCAAUAAUGUGAACCCACCAAUAACGAGUGCUCAGAACAACAAUGGCAUGCCGCCUCCUCCGCCGCCACCGCAGCCGCAACCACCACUGCCUCCGUAUUAUACCACAGACAAUAACGACUUGGAAAUUUCGACGCAUCUGGAGGAGCAAAAGAUGAGGCGGUUCGAUGCCUAUUGGAGGUACAUCCUAAGGAGGAAAACACAUAAACGUGCCAAGGAGAAGAAGAAGGCAGCAGCUGCUGCAUCCCCGCCGGCUCCUCCUCUGGCAGCGGCAGCGGCAGCACAGCCGCCUCAAGGUCCACCGCCGAAGCAGAUCGCGCUGCCAGGAGCGGUGGCUUCGGACGCGGAGAACCGCGAGCUUUCUAGGGCUGUGGAGAAGAUGAAUGCCCUAGGAGAGUCCUCUGGGAAGAAAAUACUAGAAGGAGCAAGUGCUCUCGCCACUGGCAUAGGCUCUUCGAGCUCUCAGCAGCCAUGGACAUCUCACCAACCAAACUCAGAUGCAAAAGCCUAUGCUGCAAAGGCGAUCUGUAGGAAGGCGGCCAUUGUGAUUGACAACAUCUCUCACAACGAGCAGAUCAAAAGACCUAGGCUCUUCAAUGCUGUUCAAAACAAUCAUCACAAAAAUAGCAUCUUUAAUGGAAUGAGAGGGAUGAAGCAAUUGUUAACUGUGACCACCACAGGAGAUGGGCCAGAGGGUAAGAAGGUGGACGGUUUCCUCUAUAAGUAUAGCAAGGGUGACCACAUCUUCAUUGUGUGCUUCUGCCAUGGCGUCUUCCUCAACCCAAUUGACUUUGUUAAGCAUGCCAACCACACUGAUUGGUCCAACCCCAUGAAGCACAUCGCCGUCACUUCGCCGCCGCCCAUGUGA